AAAGGAUUUAUGAAGAAUGUGUAGGAGAUCUGAUAAGAAAAAAAAUCGAAAGAUACAAUUUAUAUUGUGAAAAGAAGAAGAUAAAAUUUAAUAUGAAAGAUGCAAUAAAAAAAAUGGAGAUCAAUAUUAAAGAUGAUGAUUUAUAUUUCAAUUAUCAUUAUAAUGAAUUAUUAAGAUGUUUUACUAUGAAGUUAAAUAUAGAAAGAAAUAAUAAAAAUAUAAUAAGAAGUAAUUAUGAUAAUAUAAAUAAUGAUAUAAGUGUUGAUAAAGAUAUGUAUAUGAAUAAUCAUGUAGAUGUUAAUAUAAACAAUAUAUCCUUAGAUGAAAAAAUUAAAGAGCAAUUUGAAAAUCCAGAUGAUGAAAAUUUAAAAGAAUUAAAAGAUACAUAUGAACAAUUCCAACUUUUUAAUGAUAAUAUAAUAAAAUAUAUUGAAGAAGAUCAACAAUUAUAUAAUAUUAAUGAUGAUAAUAAUAAUAAUAAUAAUAAUACAAUGAAGAAUAUACAUAAAAUAAAAGAUAAACAUAAAAUAAAAGAUAAACAUAAAAUAAAAGAUAAAUAUAAUAAUAAUAAUGAUGAUGAUGAUGAUGAAAAUGAUGAUUAUGACGAUUAUGACUAUGAAAAAGAAGAAGAUCUAGUUAUUCAGAAAAAUAUAGAUGAUUAUAUUUAUAAAAAUACAACAGGAAUGAAUAAAAGCCUCGAAGAAUUUAAAAAUCAGUUUAUUGAACAGGCAGAUAUAGAAUUUCAAAAUUUCCUCAGUAACGUUAAUCUAGAUGAACAUGGCAGAGUGAAAAGUAACGAUGAGAAUACAAAAAGUACAGAACAUAUAAAAAAUGAAAAUAGUAUAAAUAAAGGUUAUGAUACAGAAUUAAUACGAAAUCAAAUGGAAGAUAAUUUAAUAAAAAAAGAUAUUGAUAAUAAUAUUUCAAAUGAUAUAACUAAUAAUGAAAUAAAUAUCAUCAAAUUAAAAAAAUUAAAUAAAAGCGAUGAAGAUAUUAAUUUAACAAGUGAUUUAAUAUAUGAAAGGUUAAGAACCAAAGUUUUAUGGUAUAUACAAAAAAUUGAAUAUCUUAAAUUUAAAUAUCAAUAUGAUAUUGUUAAUGAACAAUAUCCAAUUAUUAAAAAUGAAAAAACUGUAUUAGAUCUUUUAAAUUAUGGAUAUAAAAUAGUUAUGUCACCAGAUGUAGAUAAUUCGUUAUUUGAAAAAACAAAAAUAGAUUCAAUUCCUAAUGAGAAGGACAAAAAUAAUCAAAUGGAAAAUCAAAAAAACAAGAAAUAUUUUUACUUCAAGUGCAGAGAUUGUGAUUAUCACUUAUUCAACACAAGUGAGAAAGAUGUUUCAGAAAAAAUAAGCGUAUGUCCACAAUGCAAAACGAAGGUUUGA